AUGAUCGCAGGGUCGGACGCGUUGUCAGGGGCAAAGAAAAAGAAUUUCGCGCGGGUCUCUCACUGCCCGAACAACAGAGGCGGGCACACGUUCCUCGACUGUCCCGCAACUUCAACUUCGGUCGGCACGAUGACCCGCUCGAGGGAGGGGGAGUUGAUGAAGGUGUCAAUGGAGAUGAGGCUGGCUGGAAAGUUGUCGCGGGUGAGGGAGUCGCAACCGUCGCCUGUCAUUGUUGUGCCGGCGGUCUACCGCGAGUGGGAGCGACGGGGCGUGCCUUCCUGGGCGUGCCCUGCAAGGGGGGCCGACUAUGCCGUGGCGCCCGUCUACCAGCGCCUCGACCCGGUAGCGCCCCGCUACGUGCCCAACUUUGCAUUCGAGGCGGGCGUCUACCUCCGCUUCGUCGUGGAUCACUACGAUCGGCUGCCCGACAUCACCGCAUUUCUGCAGGGCGACGCUCACGAGCGCAUCAACCACCUCGGCACGCGGCUGAGCUACCUCGCCGCUAUGCUCCGCAAAGAGCCAUCGGUUGGCUAUUUGCCACUCAACGAUAUGUUCGUCAAGGACCGCCCCGCGUCUCUGCUCGGCGACAAGUACAACCUCUCGGUUGCAACUUGCUGGAAGAACGUCGCUCGGUGGUUUGGCAAGCCUCAUGCCUUUGGCGAUGCCCCUCCCAAAGUGUCCAUGUACGCCAGCAACUACUUCGCGGCGCACGCGUCCGCCAACAUUCACCGCCACCCGCUGGCCACAUGGCGGUGGGUCUACGAGCGAGUGGUCCUCAACCACUCAUGCGUCGAUGGCCGGGUACCCGAUGCAGCGCUCGGAAAGCACGAGACCGCGGGUGCCUUUGAGCACCUCGCGCCGAUCAUCUGGGGUGGCGGCUUUGGUACGGACGGGACCGGGAAACGAGGCCAGUCCCGGGCGGCGCCCAAGUGCCAAGUGAGCCGGCGCCAGAUCCCCGCCUAG